UGUUUGCCCCAGGCAGGAGCAUAAACACCUCAGGACUCAUUAGAAAUGCCCGGGCGGGGGCUGUGACCGAGUACAUGGGGCCAUCCCAAUGGCAGAGCACAGCACAUUUUCCAUAUGUUAGACCUCAGAAAGUGCUGGGCUCUGCCCUCUCCGACUCUAAAGGAAAGUUUGAGGUUUUACGUUUCUGUUUGUGGUACAGGAAAAGGCGUAUGAUCUGAGGUCUUGAUUCAGUGAAAUAACAUUGCCUUUAUACACAUUUGCUUCGCAAGGAGGGCAGGCGUUGGAAGCGACCGUUGUGAAAUGUUAAAGAUUUUCUGGCAGAGGGAAAAGCAUUUUUUUUUCUCUCCCUCCCUGUGGAGGAAAAACAGUUCUAACGAGGAGUUACUUUGUAGUUUUAACUCCCAUUCAAAUCGUCCCAGCCUUAGGAGCUGCGGUGGACCCCUGUGGCAUCUGGCUCCUGCCUCCGGGACCCUCUCUGGCUCUCUCUCUUCCUCCAAGCACUGCACUCAUGAGCUCGCAGAGGAGAGUCUUCCCCAGGAGGGAGCCUGGCACUCAUGAAGUGGUGGCUAAGCCCAGUUCAGCUGCCACCCGUCUGCCCAGGGCCAGAGACCAGGAAAGGAGGAAGGGCAGCUUCACUUCCUCUCUGAGGAUGGAGCCCCACAGCCGUUCUGCAAAGAGCCGAAAAUCCACCAAGUUCCGGGCCAUCUCUCGCUCCCUGAUCCUCUGUAAUGCCAGGAUGGCGGACGACAGCUCCAGCCCGGAUGAGAAGUACCCUGAGCCCUUUGAGAUUCCACUCAGCCAGGGAAAGGAGGGGAGUUUCCACUCUGCUGUGCAGCUGGCAGAUACGUCGGAGGCUGCACUGGCCUCAGAGGCUGCUCAAUUCCAAGCAGUUGGGAGUGAUCGUGGCAAAAACAGCAGGAAGAUGUUCUUCAUGAAGGAAUCAUCCACCGCGUCCUCCCGAGAAAAGCCUGGGAAGGCAGAGGCGCAGAGUGGCAGCUUCCUGUUUCCUAGAGGCUGCCACCAGAGGGCUCGCAGCAACUCCACGAGUGUUAACCCGUAUUGCACAGGAGAGAGCGACUUUGCCAUGACCAGGAAAUCCGCAGCUUCCACAGACAGGCAGCUGAGUGCCCUCUGCAGCGACAGGAAGUCCCUCUCCCAGCAGCUAGACUGGCCCGCAGGAAAGGCUGUGGGCACAUUGAGGCCGACGCGGUCGCUGAGCACAGCUCAGCUGGGGCAGCCGUCGGGAGGCCUGCAGGCUUCAGUGAUCUCCAACAUCGUGCUGAUGAAGGGCCAGGCCAAGGGCCUGGGCUUCAGCAUCGUUGGGGGACAGGACAGCAUUUACGGCCCCAUCGGGAUUUAUGUCAAAACCAUCUUUGCAGGCGGAGCAGCGGCAGCUGAUGGGAGGCUACAAGAAGGCGAUGAAAUUCUGGAACUCAACGGUGAAUCCAUGGCCGGGCUCACGCACCAGGGUGCUUUGCAGAAGUUCAAGCAAGCCAAAAAGGGGCUGCUCACGCUCACAGUUCGCACACGCCUGACGGCGCCCCCUUCCCUGUGUAGCCACCUGUCACCCCCGCUGUGCCGCUCCCUGAGCUCCAGCACCUGUGUUGCCAAGGAGAGCAGCAGCCCCUUCAUCAUGGACAUCCCCGUGCCUCCUGCGGGUGCCGCCAAGCCCAAUUACAGAGUCAUGGUGGAGGUGUCCCUGAAGAAAGAGGCUGGUGUGGGCCUGGGCAUUGGCCUGUGCAGUGUCCCCUACUUCCAGUGCAUCUCGGGGAUCUUUGUCCACACGCUCUCGCCAGGGUCUGUGGCGCACCUGGAUGGCCGGCUACGGUGUGGCGAUGAGAUUGUGGAAAUCAAUGAUUCCCCUGUGCACUGCAUGACGCUCAAUGAAGUCCACGGGAUCCUGAGUCACUGCAGUCCCGGUCCAGUCCCCAUCAUCGUCAGUCGACAUCCAGACCCCCAGGUCUCCGAACAGCAACUCAAGGAAGCCGUGGCUCAGGCUGUGGAGAACAUCAGGUUUGGAAAGGAGAGACACCAGUGGAGUUUGGAAGGUGUUAAGAGGCUGGAGAGCAGCUGGCAUGGUCGGCCCACUGUGGAGAAGGAGUGGGAGAAGACCUCAGUCCCCACGCUCCGCAGGGCGCAGAGGGCCAUGGUCCGCUCUAGCAGUGACAGCAGCUACAUGUCAGGGUCCCCAGGGGGCAGUCCCUGCAGUGGCAGCACUGAGCAGCAGCCCUCCCACCCUGAAGGCAGCACACACAGCCCGGGCCCAGCUUCAGGGCUGCCCCAGGGGAGCCCAGCCCUAACCGGCAGCCAGGACAGCCACUCACCGCUGAGGCUGAAGAAGUCUUUUGAGAUCCUGGUGAGAAAGCCCACAUCCUCCAAGCCUAAGCCUCCACCUCGAAAAUACUUCAAAAGCGACAGUGAGCCCCAGAAGAAUCUGGAAGACAGGGCCAACUCCUCUGGGCCUCCUGGCUCACCCACCUGUGGCCAGGAAGGCAGUGAGCCACUGCCACCACCACCGGAAGACACCAUAGGGAGAGCCCCCUGCACUGUUGCCGUCUGCUCAGGACCUGGAGUCAGCCUGCAGGCCCCGUCCUCCUCAGACGGUGAGCCCGGGAGGAGAGCCAGCCCAGUGACACCAGGGUCCCCCAUAAAAUCCAGACUGCUGAAGAGGCAAGCUCGGAUGAACUGUAGCUUUGACACCACCACCGAAGACCCCUGGGUUAGGAUUUCUGACUGCAUCAAAAACUUAUUCAGCCCCAUCAUGAGUGACAGCCACGGCCACAUGCCACUACAGCCCAGUGUCAGCCUGGGUGAAGACGGCACACAGAGUCUCCCGGAUGGGACCCCGGCCAGGCUGGAUGCUGCCAAUGGCACACCCCGAGUUUACAAGUCAGCAGACAGCAGCACUGUGAAGAAAGGGCCUCCUGUGGCUCCCAAGCCUGCUUGGUUUCGGCAGAGUUUGAAAGGCCUGAGGACUCGUGCUGCAGACCUGAGACGCCUUCCUGACUCGGCCUCCUCUGCUCAGCCGAUGCCUGCUUCCAAGGAGUCCCCUGGGCCACUUCCCCGGGCCACCUCUUCCAUCAAGCAGAGAAUCAGCUCCUUUGAAACCUUUGGCUCCUCUCAGUUGCCUGAUAGAGCAGUUCAGAGACUGAGCUUGCAGUCCUCCUCCAGGGAGGCCCCCAGGCCUUCUGGGAAGCAAGAGGGAGGCCGGCCUUCUGGCCUUUUGGUGCAAGGGGCUCCAACCUCUGCCGAGCAGAGGCAGCCAGGGCAGGAGCAGGUGUCCCUGGGUUUCCCUGUGACCUCAGAAGCUGGCACUACAAGUGUGACCUUGUUCCCGCCCGUAGGGCAGCAGCAGGCUUUGAAAAGCAUCUCCACUGCCCCUGACCCUCUCACGGGGCUGCUGGGCACGCAGAAGGAGGAUACUUCAGGUCCCAUCAUAAAGAUGCCAAGCCAGCGAGCACGGAGCUUCCCCCUGACGCGGACGCAGUCCUGCGAGGCGAGGCUGCUAGAUGAGAAGACCAGCAAGCUCUACUCCAUCAGCAGCCACGUGUCCUCGGCCGUCAUGAAGUCUCUGCUGUGCCUCCCCUCUUCUGUCUCCUGCAGCCAGCCAAGCUUCAACCCCAAGGAAGGGGCUGCUCCAAAGCCACUGCCUGGCGAAGACUCUGCCGCUGGUAGCUCUGACUCUGCCGCCGUGGACACCGGGUUCUCGCUCAAUCUUUCAGAGCUGAGAGAAUACACAGAAUGUCUCGCUGAGCCCAGGGAAGCUGAGGAUGGGGACCACAGCUCCUCUCAGUCUGGUCAGUCGGUCAUCUCCCUGCUGAGUUCAGAAGAGCUGGAGAAACUCAUCGAGGAAGUGAGAGUUCUGGAUGAAGCAACCUUGAAGCAACUGGACAGCAUCCACGUCACUGUCCUGCACAAGGAAGAAGGUGCAGGCCUUGGGUUCAGCUUGGCAGGAGGAGCAGAUUUAGAAAACAAGUUGAUUACGGUUCACAGAGUGUUUCCGAAUGGGCUGGCCUCCCAGGAAGGCACGAUUCAGAGGGGCAAUGAGGUCCUCUCUAUCAAUGGCAAGUCCCUCAAAGGUGCCACGCACAGCGACGCCCUGGCCAUCCUCCGCCAAGCUCGGGACCCAAGACAAGCUGUGAUUGUCACACGGCGGACAACGCUGGAGGCCACACUGGACCUGAACUCCUCCACAGACUCUGCAGCAUCAGCUUCAGCAGCCAGCGAUGUUUCUGCGGAAUCCACCACAGAGGCCACAGUCUGCACAGUAACACUGGAGAAGACGUCUGCGGGGCUGGGCUUCAGCCUGGAAGGAGGGAAGGGUUCACUGCACGGAGACAAGCCUCUCACGGUCAACAGGAUUUUCAAAGGGGCGACUUCAGAACAGUGCGAGCCAGUUCAGCCUGGAGAUGAAAUCCUGCAACUGGCCGGCACUGCUGUGCAGGGCCUCACGCGAUUUGAAGCCUGGAAUGUCAUCAAGGCUCUUCCUGAUGGGCCUGUCACGAUUGUCCUCAAAAGGAAGAGUCUGCAGGCCAAGGAGACCUAAGCUGCUGAGGACCCUAAGGCAGGGAAGGAGCCGACACAGAAGCCAAGCUAAGCUGACGGUGCAUAGCUUCCGUAAUGCUGAUUCUCAGGGUCUCUGCUGUCCACCCCACCGGGACUGGAGGGAAGCCCAGGGGUGUGGCCUGCUGGCUGCUGUUCAGGUCUGGACCUUCUGGGACACUACCCAUAAGCAGAUCGUCCCAAAGUGAACAGGGUCACACAGGGGUGGCUGAUACAAACUGUAGACUGUGUAUAUAGAGAGCUUAGGGGAGAUGUUACGGUGCCAUAAUAAAAUGCAUAUAUUGCAA